GUCAAAAUUUCCAUUUUUUUUUUUCUGCGUCUGAUUCAGCAGAUUCCCAUUUCAUUUCACUGAUUCCCAACAAGUUUGGAAGAUGGGUUUUGUUCUGUCUGACGAAUUGUUGGGAGCUUUUGCUCCGAUUCUGGUGUAUUGGGUUUACUCUGGGAUUUAUGUGGGACUCUCAUCGUUGGAGAGUUAUAGAUUGCAUUCAAAGGUUGAGGAAGAAGAGAAGAAUCUUGUCUCCAAGUCAAAUGUUGUUAAAGGUGUUCUUCUCCAGCAGUUUAUUCAGGCCAUCGUCGCUAUCCUUCUGUUCACGGUGACAGGAAGUGAUGCCGAGUCCAGCACACAGCAAUCUUCCAUAUUGGUUCUAGCUGGUCAGUGUGUAAUUGCCAUGUUAGUCCUCGACACAUGGCAAUACUUCAUGCAUCGGUAUAUGCAUCACAACAAGUUCUUAUACAAACAUAUCCAUUCUCAGCACCAUAGGCUUGUUGUUCCAUAUGCCUAUGGAGCUCUAUACAACCAUCCAAUAGAAGGGCUUAUCCUCGAUACAAUUGGUGGCGCCUUAUCUUUUCUCAUCUCGGGUAUGUCUCCAAGAACUUCCAUCUUCUUCUUCUCCUUUGCAACCAUCAAGACCGUGGAUGACCAUUGCGGACUCUGCCUCCCUGGAAAUGUCUUCCAUAUCUUGUUUAAGAACAACACCGCGUAUCAUGAUGUGCACCAUCAGCUUUAUGGAAACAAAUUCAACUUUUCUCAACCUUUCUUCGUCAUGUGGGAUCGGAUUCUUGGUACUUACAUGCCUUACUCGCUUGAGAAACGGAAAGAUGGCGGAUUUGAAGCUCGUCCAACUAAACAAGUUAGAGACUGAUUAAGUUGAGAGCCUGAGUUUUUGGAACACGUAGAGAGACUAAUCAGAAGAAGAGCUGAUUUGUUUCUCUCAAGUCUCUAGAGCUGCACUAGCCUUGAGUUUGAGAUUUGUAUACUGUAUAUACAUUAUACAUUUUGGUGUACCUGAAACAUACCCGAUUAUUUAAAUUUGAGUUUGUAAGAGAAGAAACAGAGUUGGCUUAUGCAAAAACUAUUAAGUUGAGAAUUCAA